CACACACACACACACACGCACAUAUACAUACAUCGACCAUUGCAUAAAUUUUCGCGUGUCGCUCAUUGCCUCAUCCCUCUCGCCUCGCUCUCCUACGCUCCAAGCCACGGAUAACCUCCCUCCCCUGCCCUUGCCGUUCCCGGUGCUGUGCUUCCGCCCCCGAAAGAAAUGUCCUCUCCGCCGCAGCCCCCGCCUCGGACUGAGGGCGACAUCCUACGGGACCACUGGCAGUUUGUGCGCGAUGGUGAACAGUCGGGCUCGGCCGCAAGCGCCGACGCAGCCGGCCCGGUGGCUGUGGACGUGGAGUCCUGGGAAAAGCGUGUUUCGGAACACUACUACAAUCGCCUGUUCAAGGAGUAUUGCCUGGCGGAUUUGUCACGCUAUCGGCAGGGACUGAUCGCCCUACGCUGGAGAACCGAGUCCGAGGUCAUCGCCGGCAAGGGGAGACGUUUCUGCGCGUCGAUCCGAUGCGCCGCAGACACCGGGCUACGCUCGUAUGAACUGCUCUUCCGGUAUCAAGAGCCAGCGGCCGAGGACCGCAGCCGCAUGCAGCUCAAGGAGGCCCUUGUCAAGGUGCGAGUUUGCCCUCGGUGUGCGCGCAGGGUUCGCCGGGGACGGCGCAUCGCCAAGCAGCAAGGCGCCGGGCGAGACGGUGAGGCCAGCGACGACCUGGACGUCGAUUCGGAUCUCGAGGCCCUGCCUGCAGGUGGCAGUGACAGCGAUGCCGAGAAUGAUCGCGAUCGCGAUCUGGGAAGCAAGUCCCGUGGGAGAAGCCGCAGUCGCAGCCGCAGUCGCAGCCGCAGCCGCAGCCGCAGCCGCAGCCAAGCCCGGAGCCGAAGCCGGCGGCGCGAUCGCCACCGCAGCCCGGGCUACACCUCGCAGGAGACGGAGAGGGCGCCUGGCUCGCGCCGUCGGCCAGUUGACCGUCAAUCGCGCAGCCAUCGGAGAAGGGACAGGCACUCCAGAGACGUGGGAGAAAUCUUCGAUGAGCCGUUCGGGCCCGAAGAGCCUGCUUGCCUUUCCGCAACAUCAUCCCGUCCACCCCCCGAGCGCGAGUCCCCGAACCCCGGCCUGUGACCUCAACAAUAUACAGACAGAUUCGAAA